AUGGCAGCUCAUGAGGACGACUAUGAUUUUUUGUACAAGGUCGUGCUUGUUGGUGAUGCCACUGUUGGGAAGACGCACCUUCUGUCGCGGUACAUCAAAGGUUCACUCCCAAAGAACCCCACAGCCACGAUUGGAGUGGAAUUUGCAACGCGAACUGUUCCUUUGGCUGAAGGUGGUACGGUGAAGGCACAGAUUUGGGACACCGCAGGACAGGAGAGGUACCGAGCGAUCACAAGCGCGCACUAUCGGCGAGCAGUUGGAGCCUUGUUGGUGUACGACAUUACCAGAGAAGGAACAUUCAAAAGUUGUACCAAAUGGAUGGAGGAAUUGAGGCAAAGUGCAGAACCUGACAUUGUUAUCAUGCUAGUCGGCAACAAGGUCGAUUUGGUUGAGAAGGAUCCUUCCAUGCGUCAGGUGUACUACGAUGCAGCGCAGGAAUUUGCCAAACUCCAUGGUUUGAUCCAUGCGGAGGCCAGCGCAGUGUCUUCGCACAAUGUGAAGUACAUUUUCGAGCACUUGCUUCAGGAGAUCUAUGAUCAGACCUCCAAGAGAAGAGAGCAGCAAAGUAUCGACAACAACAUGAUUGGUGGCAUUCAGGUAGCAGCAAUUGCACGAAAGACUGAGGUUGUGACUGCUGAGUUUUCAGCCUGGCUCUGCUUCGGGAAACCUUGCUUUUUAGCGGCCAAUGUGCCUAAAUCUCUCUGCUGGCAUGAAGUUGAGGAGAUCAGUUUCCGACAAAAGUUUCUACUCGAAUAA